AUGUCUGCUGAUACAUCUGCUGAGAACAAUUCAUGCAUUCGAUCAGAACAUCAUGCUACUAAGCGAGUACUGUCUUAUAUUCAAGUUCUUUUUAAACAACUGAGUAGACGUAAACCAAUGAUAAAAGUACAAGCUGAAAUUGACACACGAAAUGAGUUGAGACGUGAUCUAAAUUGGAUUCAAUUACUUGCUAUAGGUCUUGGUGCUACUAUCGGUGCUGGAAUAUUUGUAUUAAGUGGACAAGCUGCUGCAAAAUAUUCUGGUCCAUCGAUCAUCAUUUCAUUUCUUAUAACAGGCGUUAUUGCUCUAUUAUCGUCUUUAUCAUAUUCAGAAUUAGGAGCAAUGAUGCCUAGUUCUGGAUCAGUAUAUACGUAUACUUAUGCAGCUUUGGGAGAAUAUUUAGCAUGGUUUAUUGGAUGGAAUUCUGGAUUACUUUAUCUAUUCGGUAUGUUGACGGUGGCAGUUGCUUGGAGCAAGCAUGUGAUCUUAUUUAUUCAGAUUGUAUCUGAUUAUAAUGUUACAAACAUGAUUGUCGAAGCACCAGUGGCUUGGAACGAAGCUGCAGAAAGUUUUUAUGUCACUGGUCAAGCGAUUAAUUUACCUGCUAUUGCAAUUACUAUUGCAAUUACAAUUCUUCUUAUUAUUGGAAUUCGUCAAACAGCUAUUGUCAAUCUUGUAUUGGUUGUGAUUAAAAUUAUUAUAAUUUUAAUAUUCAUUUUUGCUUGUUGUAAAUAUGUCGAUCGCAAUAAUUAUUACCCAUUUUUUCCACCAAAUAAAGGUUCAUUUAGUAAAUAUGGAGUAACAGGAAUGCUGCAAGCAUGUACUUAUGUAUUCUUUGCAUAUGUAGGUUUUGAUUCAGUAUCAACAGUAGCACAAGAAGCAAAGUCACCAGAGAGAUCACUGCCAAUUGCCACUAUUGGAUCAACAAUUGUUUCACUGCUAC